AUGCCACCUCGACUACCAACGAGGGCACAAGGACCCGACAGCUACCUAGGAUCCCUCAAGCAGCUCUUCUCCCUCUCUCCUCCACCCCCACCUCACAAUACUCGACCACGACUGCUGCGCUCCCUCGUGACGCGAUCAGUUGCUGUACCCCUGAGCAGAGAUGGCAGAUUGACUUUACCGGUCAGGGUACGGCCGGCGAUGAUCUUCUUGACAUUCGUAUGCUUGAUCAUGCUCGGCUUUCUAGGCCUCUCUCCUUCACCCAACGGUGGGCUCCCAAUCCCGGACAAAUCCCUCCACUUUCUCUCCUUUUUCCUCUCCACCCUCCUAUUCUACUUCAUCUUCUCCCUCCCCUCCUCAACCCUCUCCCACACACCCCUCCUGCGCUUCUUCCCACCCAUAUUCACCGGAGUGGUCUGCCUAGGCGUAGGAGGCAUCCUGAGCGAAUUUGUACAGGGAGCCCUACCGUACAAGAUUUUCGAUUGGGGAGAUAUACUUGCGAAUUUGCUCGGUGGGGGAUUGGGGUUGGCGCUGGCCAUGUGGGGUGAGGGAGAGUGGAAGAAGAGGAGGGAGUUGAAGAGGCUUUAUACCAGUGUUAGACAGGGAGGAGGGGAAGAAGACGAUUUUGACCAGAUGGGAGAGUUGCUCAGCGAAGGAAGUGAGGGGGAGGAGGAAGAGGGAGGGGCGGGAGAUUGGAGGAGAGGAGGGGGAGCGCAGGCCAGAGGAUUCGAUUUGGAAGACCCUUGGUCUUCUCGGGAUGAUGAUGCAGGAAGGAGAGGAGGCGGGAGAGAAGGGAGGAUCGCUUUGCCCACCUCCACGAGAGAUGCACAACCCUCACCUGCUCAGCAGCAACAGCCGCCUGUCAGAAAGGGAGAAGAUCUCUUCUCGAUAGAGGAUGACGACGAGUAG